ACUUUCGAGAAUUUAAUGAAUUAAAUAGAGCAGGAGCUGAGGACUUCAUUACCCACGGUGCACCGCAAAGGGUUUUGCGUCAAGUCUUGUCCGUUGCACUUUCAAGAUGGCGUCGCUGGGAAGGAGGCGAGGUGUCCCAGUCAACAGAGAGAGGGGAGUGAUGGCAGCCACGGAGUGUUACAUUGUCCACGAGAUCUACAACGGUGAGAAUGCACAGGAGCAGUUCGAGUACGAGCUGGAGCAGGCUCUGGAGGCGCAGUACCGCUAUAUCGUAAUCGAACCCACGCGCAUCGGAGACGAGACGGCACGCUGGGUGGCCGUGGGAAACUGCCUGCACAAAACCGCCGUUCUGGCAGGGGCUGCGUGCCUCCUGACGCCACUCGCCCUUCCCGUUGAGUAUUCCCGUUACGUGGCGCUCCCUGCUGGCGCUCUGAGCCUGGCCUGCGCCACGCUCUAUGGCAUCUCCUGGCAGUUUGACCCCUGCUGCAAAUACCAGGUGGAGUACGACAGUCAGAAGCUCUCGCGGCUGCCACUGCACACGCUCACCUCCUCCUCGCCGGUGGUUCUGGUUCGACGGGACGACGUGCACAGAAAGAGACUGCACAACACGAUAGCGUUGGCGGCCCUGGCGUACUGUGCCAAGAAGAUCUAUGAACUGUACGCCGUAUGAGCGCUAUGACGUAUGCGCACACUCGCGUACAGAUACUGAUAUACACGUACACACACACAAAAACACAGCAGGGAGGAGAGAAGCACUAAUAAACACCCGACACUGGCAGAUAUUCACAUACAAAACAAACAAGACAUAUGGAUGGACCGACGGAGAGAGUGAUCGAAAAACAAACGGAGGCGACAAGUGACGUAGCACUCUCUCUGUUACGCUUUUUCAGCGAUUUGCUUUCAGAUUGACGGAUGGAUGGAUGUAAGAGAGGAAGAGUUGGGGGGGAGCUUAUAGUUCUCAAUGAAUCUUUCCCUUUUCGCUGUACUUUAAAAGUGAUAUCACCAGUGCACUUGAGCCCCCCUUCCCUGCCUCUGUCCAAGACCCUUCCUUUGUCCCGGCGGCCCUCCCAAAACGUCACCUGCCACCCAUACGGAGCUCCACACCCGGGCGGUGACCUGUCGGACUGAACGUGUGGUGGACAGACAGACGGAUCAUGUUUUAAGAAUGACCUUUGAACCCUCUCCUCCCUCUGUGUAGUUUUACCGUACCCUGCCUUUGGUGCGUCACCUUUUCAUUAAACAGUAAGAGAUUUAACCUCA